AUGUCACGGUGUAGCUAUUGGAGUUUGCCGCUUAGGCCGAUCUUUCACCAAUUCCAUCUUCUCUUGCAGACUUUUGGUGUAUUGAGGAGUCAAUCAUCCCCGUUGGAGGCCGGGUCUCAGGGAACAAAGCAAAAGCCUUUCGCCAAUCCUCACUAUCUCAAAGCUUUCAACAUUGAGCUGGCAGGCUCCCUCACACCCCGCCUUCGACAUGGGAAAAUCAACGGAUCGACGAUCGGUAGAUCCAGGUUUGUCCUUGGUCAAAUUGUCAUAGAGCGUAGGACGCAUAUCCGCGCUCACAACCACGAUUCCAUGCAGGAAUAUAUAUUUUGCCCACGGAUGUUCCGCAGAUUGGGACGAAACCGGCAAAUUCCGCAAGAAAAUACCCACUCCCGGAUUGGAUAUGACUCAGAACGGCGCGGAGUAGACGACACAAUGGAUCGCCGUCAUGUCUAUCAUCGUCGCCUGCAUACCUAG